UCUAUAUACAGGUGGUUUUUUUUAAAUACUAAGUUAUAAAAAAAUCUAAUUUUCAGUAUGAAGACUACAUCAAACCAAAAUUACUAGUAAUUUUAAAAUUUUUAAGUACAGAAUAAAACUAAUAAAAACAAUUAGCUUUAAAUUUCUGUGGUUUAAAGUGGUUUAUGCGCCUUCAUAGCACGGGGAAGGAUUAACUUUAAACUUAAAGUGAUUAAAUUACCGAAAACUGUAUUUUGUCAAUGCAUUAUCAUCGACUUCCCUUUUUGUCCCUCAUCUCACAAAACACGUAGAAUUUAUCGAUGUUUUGUAAUAUCAAUAGAAUAUUAAUAGAAUCAUUCAUUAAUAUGAGUUUGGGAUAGUGAAAUUCCACAUAGCGGACAAGAUUCACGGUAUGGUGUUCAAAAAUUUAUUUCGGUAUGAAAAUCGAUAACUCCGCGUGUUACGUAUAGUGCAAUUAGAAAAUACGACAAUUUUUCAAUGUAAUUUUAAAUAUGAUACAUUGUUAUCAACGAAGAGGGCUGAAUGGUCACAGCCAUUUUUACUCACGUUCAUAAAACGAAGAGCUCUCUAUAAAGAUAGAAAAAUGUUCAAAUUUUAAAGUUUAAGGCAGAUCUGAUGGUUGAUUUGUUGAUUUUGUUGUUAAAUAUUUCAUGGAUUAGCACAUUCUAAAAUCAAGAUUGUACCAGAGAAUGUUGUGAGAGUGAUGCCUUGGCGCACUUUUGUAACUGAAGUUGCACUUACUAAUCCUCUUUAGCUAUCAAAGUCAUGAAAAGACAAGGAAUUUAAUGAAAUUACUAUUAUAGGCUACUGUGUACAAUAAGCUACAAAAUUGCAAUUUAAUAAGAUAAUUUAAUAAUUAGAUUACUUCUUACGACUGUGAAAGAACGAAAAAUAAUUUUACAAAUUCUAUUUAUUUUCAUUAUGUUGCUAUAUUGACCCCUACCCAAGGGAUUGAACCCUGGAGCCAGGGGCCAUGAAUUUCACAAUUUUGACACAAUGCUUUAUGGAUAUCAUGACCAUGCAUUCAGUUAAUCUCCCCUGCUGUGGAAGUACAGAAGAAUUUUAAAGUCUAAAUACAUUUUUCUAUAUAUCCUUAUUGGCCCCGCCCAAGGGUCUGAAUCCCUGACCCAGGGGCAAAGAAUUUUACAAUUUAGAUAGAGGGCUUCGUGAACAUCAUAACCAUACAUUCAGUUUAUCUCCACUUACUGUAGAAAUAAGAAAGAUUUCUAAAAUUUGAUACAUUUUCACCGUAUGUUCAUUUUGAUCCCACCUUAGAGCCAGCGCCCCUUAUCCUGACCACGAAUUUCAGCUUCAUGAAGAUUAUAAUCAUAAAGUUUUUCUAACAUUGAAUACAUUUCACUAUUUGGCCAUAUUGGCACCGCCCAGGGGCCUGAACACCUGACCUAGGGGCCAUCGAUUUUACAAUUUAGAAAGAAGGCUUUAUGGACAUUUUAAUAAUGCAUAUGGUUAUCUAAGACAUAUGGAAGCAGAGAAAAAGAUUUUUUAAAAGAUUUAAUAAAUUUUCACGAUUUGGCCAGAUUGACCCCGCCCUAGGGCCUAAAACCCAGACCAAAGGGGCUUUGUAUUUUAAAAAAGAAGUAAAAAAGUAAAAUUGUAAACGGACUACGCACGACAAUGGCAAAUAAUUUCACACUAGUACUGCUGUCUCACACUGAACAAACGGAUCUCACACCGGUGAUAAUGCUAGACAACCAAGCCUCUUUUAGCCAGACAGCUGCGUGAUUUGCAUCUCUUUAGACACAUAUUAACGUUAUUAUUAAAAAAUAUUGAAUGACUCAUGCUAACAUAUUGAAGGCGAUAUCGUAAUCUGAGUGCUCUAUGUCUCUUUGUUCUUUUCAUACUUGUAAUGCAUGCAAUAUGAUAGCAUAAACAGCGUAAGGAGCAUGGCUGCAUCGUGCUCGCUACAAACAAAGGGCGCCGUAUGGGGAAAAAGUAAUAGCUAGCUAAAAAAAAAAAUACAGAACGUAUAUAAAAAAUACAGAACGUAUAUACAUGACCGAGAAAUAUACAUAUAAAUAAUUGCAAUAUAAUUGAGAACACUUACUAAGCAGAAUUAGGUAGGCUACUAUGGUCCAAAGGCUUAUUUUGCUUACCCUUGUUACGCCUCUGAAACUUGUGUGCAUUUCAAUGGCGCAAUGCUGACUAAAAAUGUAAACAAAUAUGGCGGACAAAGAACAUCCCUAAUAUUUUACUAGCCUUGACAAACUAUUUCAACCGCAAACUUCAAUGUUUCACUUGAUGCGGGGUUGGUAAUAAAACAUUAUUACCAUUUCAGAAGUUAGUAGGUAUAAUGAGCAAGGAUAGUGUUAUGCAAUAUGGCUUCUUCAGCGUACUCUGCAACAGAAGAAAUUACAAACGCCAAUCGAAUCUCUAGUCUUCUGAUGGGGCCUUGCACAGACCAAUUCAGAGAUCUACUUCGUUUCUAUAUUGAACCCUCCAAAUUUUCAGAAGUGAUACAGAAGAAAAAAUCAAUUGGUUGUCGGUCUAAUAUGUCAGUACAAAGCUACAAGCUGAUUCUACCCAAAUCCGGUUCUUACAAAGGAAACUACGACGACAUGGACAUCGCUUUGUUGUACACCUUACUCAGAAACAUUUGUGGGAUAAAAGAGCACCGGGCUGGCUGGGGGGAAAAACCACAGGCCUCGGACCGAUCGGUCUCGGCAAACAUAGAGCGGAUAAGACUGGCCAGAAACCAAUGCGGCCAUUCCACAGGAGGCCUUCUUUCAAAUGCCGACUUUAAUCAAAUAUGGUCGUCUGUCAGAGCGUCCGUUGUGGACCUCGAUCUGGAACUGGGGAACGGAAACAAGUAUGAGAAAGAGGUUGACUUUAUCCGCCACGACACAAUGGACCCAGUGAGAGACCAGCACUAUAGGGAUCAGCUGAUAAAGCAGGCGACAGAGAAUCAGGCGACGAUUGAAGAGGUCAAUCAACUCAAACGUUCUUUGCAAGACGUGUGUGAACAAAACACAUCAAUUCAAACAAGUAUACAAGACACCCAAACCAGAAUGUUAUCUUUUGAAACCAGAAAUAUUCCACUCAACAUAAAAAAGCAACACUUGAAACUUCUUGACUCCUGGCAGAAAGAAGACUUGCCUUUCCAUGAAGUUCAUAGUUUCCAGGAUAUUCUGGAAAAAGUUCAAUCCAAAACAAUCGUGACCAUAAUUGGGGGACCAGGAUCUGGCAAAACAGCCAUGAUUCGACACAUAGCUCUACUCUUACAGACGGAGUUUGAGAUCGUCCCCAUAGCUUGUCCUUCUGACAUCAUUCAGUAUGGACAAGAGGGAGAGGGAUGUAAACAGUUAUUUACUUUUGAUGACGUCAUGGGAGUAUUUGGAAUUGAAAGAGGAAAGUAUAUACAAUUGGAAGAUUACAAAGAAAGCAUUUUAAAUGUGCUGGGUGCACAAUCAAAAAUCCUGUUCACUUGUAGAAAAUCUCUAUACAAAGAGGCUGAAGAAUUGGAGUCCUUUGUUCUGAGUAAGGAGUGCAUUGUUGAUCUGGAAGACAAUGACAAUCAACUGACUGACCAAGACAGGGAACACAUCCUGGAGAAUCACUGUAGGCAUAAUGAUAUCAUAUUUCCGAUGGAAAGUCCCACAAUCUCAUCAAAUGUAGGUAAAAUGAUGUUUCCACUUCUUUGCAAGCUAUUCUGUUCCGAUUCAAAAUAUCAAGCCUUGGGUAUGAAGUUCUUUGAAAACCCUAAAUCACACAUACUCCGUGAGAUAAACCUCUUACAGAAGCACAAGCGUAUUCAAUAUGCAGCACUUGUACUUUGCAUGUUUUGCCAAAACCGAUUGACAAUACACAUGCUAAAAAAGAAAGAGCCACGGUUCAUGGAGAUCAGAGAAGUUGUGUUUGAAAGCUGCCGAGUGAAUGGAAGGAAUUCAGAAAUCCAAGAUGCUUUGUUCAAUAUGGAGAACACUUUCACAUCCCCAACAAGCAAUGGCUACUCGUUAAUCCACGACUCAGUGUAUGAGGUCUUGGCAUACCAUUAUGGGAACAAAAACCAAGAGGAUAUGUUGAAGUACAUGAGCAGCAGCUUUGUCGCCAAGAAGAUUAUUAUUAAUGAUAGCAGGGACCAAACAGAUGAUCUGUUGAUCAAACUUAGAGAGGAACAUUACAAAGUGUUUGCUGAGAGACUCCUCAAAGAUUUAACAUCUCUGGAACUGCACGAUGUUUUUAUGAACAAGGCUUUGAAAGAUGGUGGUGUUUUUUGUGCAUUUAUUGAUGCACUGAAGAGAAUAUCGUACCCAAAGAUAAAAGAACUGUUCUUUUCUAAACAAGAGGACACUUCCAAAAUUGUCUCCAGAAGCAGGCACGUUGGUGACGAGCUGGAGAUCCGACAGACCACCGACUGUGAACUAGACCGACAAAAUCUGUUGGUGGGAGGAGUGAUGGUGGGGGAGAAUGCAUCAACGCCCAAUGUCCGGAUUAUUAGCUGGGUUAUCUACUAUGGUCAUAGCAAACUUCUCCAGUACCUUUUCGAACAAAUACUUAAAAAUCAGGAGUCAAUUCAGCAAGUAUUAAGUGGAUAUAUACCAAAUGACCACGAAGAAAAUGAUCGGAACUUAACUGAACAAACAAGACUUCUUACUCUUAGUUGUUACAGUGGGAAUUUAGAAGUCGUGAAACUGUUGCUGAAACAUUGCGACACAGAGUGCAUCAAUAACAAAUCUCAGUACACAUGCCACAUGUUUUACGAUCAUCGAUACAUCACUCCCCUAACCGCUGCCUGUGCACGAGGCCACCAACAAGUGGUAGAUGAGUUAAUACACCACGGAGCUAGCAUUGAUCAGCAAGACGAGUGGGGCACCACAGCCUUGUAUGUGGCGGCAGAAUCCGGUCAUUUAUCCAUUGUGGAGUCUCUGGUUAAAGCUGGUGCCGACGUCAAUGCAUGUGAUAUGGACGACAUCACUCCUCUAUUUGCCGCAUCCCAAACUGGAUAUUUAUCAGUUGUAGACUUUCUUCUAAAACAUGGGGGCGAUUGCAACAAGCCGGAUAUAUACAAAAUGUCACCACUUUAUGUGGCAGCACGGAAUGGCAAUGACUCCAUCGUUGACUUGCUCAUACAGCACGGCGCUAACUGCAAUCAGAGCGACAUGGGCGGCAGGAGUCCUCUGUAUGCAGCAUCAAGAUCUGGUCACAUGACUGUUGUGGAGGCUCUUAUUAACCACGGUGCUGACGUGAAUCGGUGCAGCACUGAUGGCAAAUCUCCACUCUCUGUCGCCUUAAAGCACGGACAAAUGGCUGUCGCAAAUUUACUAGUGAAACAUGGCGCCAAGAAAUGAGGUUGAUUCCGAUGAAAUGAGAUAUGAUGGAACUCAAUCAUGUUUUGCUAUUAUAAAAAAAAAAAACUAAGGUAUAUUAAUUAAGCUGACAUGAAUUUAUAAAUACGCAUUAUUUCCCUUUUAUCUCCGACUACCGCCAUAUAUUAGUUGUCGAUUUCUAUUGUUCUGCUCAUCGCUGCAUACCCCCUAUAUAAGGCCGAGAGCACUAUUCAUGCUUCACCGCAUUCAGGUAUUUCAUACACCCGAACACGUUACCUUGGACGAAAAGACGUGUAGAAA